AAGGCUCGCUGUGGGAGAAAUGAGCAUCAGUAGCAGCAUUAGCAGCAGCAGCAGAACUACAGCUCUGCCCACUGAAUGCUAAGCACCGGGGCUGCAUUGCUCAUGCCUGACCGCAGCCAGUGUGUGUUGCCAAUAGUGACAGGUGGAUGUCAGGCUGCUGAGCUGGGAGUGGCACUGCCUCGCUUUGUACCCCACAUACACCGGCAAUUAGGGCGGGCACCCGGCAUCUCUCCUUGGGAAAUGCUUUUUUGGCUUAAAGAAGAAGAGAUGUCACAUCAGGAAUUAACGCAAAGGCUCUCCACAGUCAUCACUCAUGUCGAUGAAAUCAUGCAGCAAGAGAUAAGGCCACUGCUGGCUGUGGACAUCAUAGAGCAACUUCAUAAACAGUUUGCUAGCUUGACAGGAGGAAGAGGAAAGGAUGGAGCACCUAUAAUAACAUUUCCAGAAUACCCAGGCUUUACUGAAGUCCCUGAUGAGGAUUUCCUGAAUGUUGUAACAUAUUUAACAAGCAUUCCAAGCCUUGAAGCUGCCAGUAUUGGGUUCAUCAUUGUGAUCGACAGGAGGAAAGAUAAAUGGAGCUCAGUGAAAGCAUCCCUGACACGAAUAGCAGGAGCAUUCCCAGGAAACCUGCAACUUGUUUUCAUUCUGCGUCCAUCCCGUUUCAUCCAGAGGACCAUCUCUGAUAUUGGCAUCAAGCUCUACCGAGAUGACUUUAAAAUGAAGGUACCGAUUGUAAUGAUAAACUCAGUUUCUGAUCUUCAUGGAUACAUUGAUAAAAGCCAGCUAACCACUGAGCUGGGAGGUACCUUGGAAUACAGCCAUAGUCAAUGGAUACAUCAUAGAACAGCCAUUGAGAGCUUUGCUCAAGUUGUGAAAACGACAGCACAGAACCUGCAGACCUUUGGAACAAGCCUUGCAGAGACUGAGCUUCCAAAUGAUGUACUGUGCACAGAGGAGCUGCUGCAGUCCCACACAGAGCAACAGAUCAGUCUAAAAAAUGACCUGAACUUGGCAAUGCAACAAGGUGGCACGCUGCUCUCAUGCAUAAAGGAACCAGUAUCAAAAGACCCAAGCUACAAACUAAAUCCAGAUGAGGUUGAGAACAUGGCUACAGUUGAAAGACUUCUGGCUCAGCUAGAUGAAACAGAAAAAGCUUUUGGUCACUUCUGGAGUCGGCAUCAACUAAAGUUAGAACAAUGUUUGCAACUGCGACACUUUGAACAUGAUUUCAGAGAGUUGAAGCUAACUUUGGAUGGACUGAUGGAGAUCCAAGCUGCAUUUGCAGACAUUGGAGACAGUGUGUCACGGGUGGAAUACCUUAUUAAGGAGCUAAAAAAGCUGGAAGAGAAAGGACAGGGAAUGUUGGAGAAAGCCCAGCUGCAUGCUCUUCACGGUGACCAGCUUAUCCAAAACAACCACUAUGCUGUGGACUCUAUUAGACCAAAAUGCAUAGAACUCAGGCGAAUCUGUGAUGACUUUACCAAUGAGACAAAGAAAAAGUAUGACAUAUUGGCAAAAUCACUGGAGCUGCACCAGCAACUUGACGAGGCCAACAAGUGGUGUGAAGAUGGAAUCUACCUUUUGGCUUCCCAAGCUGUGGAUAAGUGCCAGUCACAGGAAGGUGCAGAGUCUGCUUUACGGGACAUAGAACUGUUCAUUGAAAGCUCAAGAGGACACCAGCUUUCCAAUCCAACAGAUUUCUACAAUAAAUAUGAUGCAAUUCUCACUCUUGAAAUCAAAGCAAAUGUUCAGAAAGUUUUGCAGAAGGUGGCUGAUGUUCAGGAGAUGUUUAAUAAGAGACAAGCAAGCCUCAAAAAGCUGGCAGCCAAACAGACAAGACCUAUCCAGCCUGUGGCCCCACAUCCAGAGUCCUCACCAAAGAGGUCAUCUCCAAAGACUGUACGACCCACCUCACUGUCCACAACCCGAAGAGCAGCUGAUGUGCCAUGCGUGCCUCCCAAGUCUCUCUCUGAAGCAGACCUGUCCAGGAAAAGGAACAAUAAGAAAACCAAAGCAGGAAUAAAGAUUGAAGUAAUGCAUGAAGCUAGUCAGGGUGGCACAAGCCGCACAUUGGUGAUGAGUGAGAGUGAAGAAAACCUCUCUUCAAGAAAGAGCCACAUCAUAAAUGAGUUAAUUGAAACAGAACGUGUCUAUGUUGAAGAGCUUCAAAGUAUCCUAGAGGGUUAUGCAUCAUCUCUGGAAAAUCCUGAAAUGAUUGGUUUGAUACCAGUGGCAUUGCAAAACAAUAAGGAAGUUCUCUUUGGAAACCUUUCAGAAAUUUAUGAAUUUCACAAAAGAAUUUUCCUCAAAGAAUUAGAGAACUGUAUUGAAAAUGCUGAUUUGCUUGGAACAUGUUUCUUAAAAAGGAAAGAGGACCUUCAGAUUUAUGAAAAGUACUGCCAAAAUAAACCAAGGUCGGAAGCAAUCUGGAGACAGUGUGCAGAGAGCAUUUUUUUUCAGGAAUGCCAGCGUAGACUGGAUCAUAAGCUGUCUUUAGAUGCUUAUCUUCUUAAGCCUGUCCAAAGGAUCACAAAAUAUCAGCUGCUUUUAAAGGAAAUGUUGAAAUGCAGUAAGAAUUCUGAAGGGACAGCUGAACUAGAAGAAGCACUUGCCACAGUGUUGGACAUAAUUAAGUCAGUGAAUGACUCAAUGCACCAAAUAGCUAUAACAGGAUAUGAGGGGGAUCUGAACGACCUUGGUAAGCUGCUUAUGCAGGGCUCAUUUAAUGUGUGGACUGAUCACAAGAAAGGGCACAACAAGGUAAAAGACUUGGCCCGAUUCAAACCCAUGCAACGGCAUCUCUUUUUAUAUGCUAAGGCCCUACUGUUUUGCAAGAAGAGGGAAGAGAACAGUGAAGGACAUGAAAAAUCUCAGUCUUACAGUUUCAAGCAUAUUUUAAAGAUGAGUUCAGUUGGCAUCACUGAAAAUGUUAAAGGGGACAACAAGAAGUUUGAAGUAUGGUACAAUGGCAGAGAAGAAGUCUACAUUAUUCAGGCAUCAACUAUUGAGCUGAAAAACCUUUGGGUUUCUGAAAUCAGAAAAGUCCUUACAGGCCAACUGGAAGCUUGCAGAGAAGCAAGCCAAUUACAUCAAAGGAUCACAGAGAGCGUAUACCACGCACCAAUGAACUCCUCAUUUAUUGCCAGGUCCAAUAAGACUUCAGGUAACAGCCAGAACAAAGGAGAAUUGCCAAGUCUUGAAGUGUCCAAUAAGAAGAACAGGACUUCUAGUCCAACUGGAAGACAAAAGAAAGCUGAUAAUCCUGCCAGUCAUAAUCUUGAGCGCUCAGCUCUUGCUAGAAAAAGAUUCACAUUACAGGGUCUUUCCAAUCGGAGAGCUCCACACAAAGCAGAAUCUCAGGAGAAAGAAUCUACUCGGCGAUUCUCCCUAGCUUCUUCUGUGAGCUCAACAUCUAUUAAAGUUCCUACUCGUACAAAAGGUCCACUUGGCCCUGAUGUGAAAGCAAAGCGACAUGAGAUAAAGAGUGACCCAACCCCCCUUGGUUUCGAAGGCUGGCCGAGACACAUGAACUCUAUGGAAACUUUCCAAGACUUUUCAGCUAUCCCAUCCAGCAAUGAUGAACUUUCCAAUUCUUCAGAUGUUGAUGAGGAUAUAACAAAUAGCAAAAGAUCCAAUCUGUUUCGUGUGGAAGGAUGUUUGGAAGUAUGUUCCCCCAGUGCGCUCACACUUCAGCAUGGUGACCUUGUACAAGUGGAACAAUGUGGAGACAGUGGACAGUGGUUAGUAAAAGAAGUUGUUUCCAAGAAAACUGCAUGGGUACCUUCCAACAUGUUAAUUCCUGCCAGGAGCGAUAUUAAGAACAUCUGCCAAGAGGAUAACAGCACAGCUUACAGUGAAGCAUGUCAAAUAUCACUGGCAUCAACAAGCAUGAAAGAGAAGCAGAAUGAAAGGACACGAAGCUUGGUGGCUGAGCAGAAGGCAGUGAGCUGAACCUUUGACUGAUUGGAUUGUGAAACAGUAUUUGAAUUGUUCACCUAAAGAAGUGGCUUUGAGCCAUAGGAGGUGGUACUCCAGCAGGAAAAUACUGCAGACAGUCAGUCUCACAUUCCUUUGCAUUCCAGCACUGGAUACUAUAAUGGCCUAUAUUAGGCCCACAGUCAUGGAGAUAUGAACUAUGCACUCUGCUCUGUACAGCCUCGUCUUCAUCUGGGGUCUUUUAUGAUGAACUGAUCUAUCUAGAAUUUCUCUGAAAUAUAGCUGUGUCCUUCUUACUGGAUCUACUUGCUCCUUGCUUUAUACACAGGGCACAGCUUUACAGCAGGGAUUGGUACAAACGCACCUUGCAGCAAUGCCAACAGAUUCUUUGCAAUUUCCUACACUGAAGUUUUUUUUUAAAUGUGAAUAUUGCCUGCAUACUUUCUAAUAGGUUUGCUCUAACUGCUACUGCUGCUUGUGUUCAUAUUUAUUUCCAUCACUGACUAGUUAGCACUCAGUGGUGAUAGGGUAAAAUGACCAUGAAUGUUGUCUCAAAUAAGCAUGAUAAAUCCAGUUGGUUACAUUUGCUGUGCUCAGUAGAUCUACAGGUUCUACUGCACACAACGGAAUCUUUUGCUUUUUGUUCAAAUGUAAUGUAUGAGAUCCUCGUAUAAGAAAAUAAUGCAUAUGUACUAGGAUGCAGAGCCAUCACUGCUGCUGUGGGGUGCCCUAUGCCUUACCUUACAAGGUGUAAAAGAGGCAUUUUUGCACAUCUUAUACAUGUUUUCACCUUUCUCAUUUUACUUCCCUCUGUGAGGCUAUGUUUUGCUCCAUAUAGUGUGUAGGCUUGUUUGUUCAGUGCAUGUGGGAGGAAAUGAAAAACAAAAUCAGUUUAUUAUUAUAAGGGGAUCCCCACUGGAACAUGUCAGAAGAUCAUUAACAGCACUCGCUAGGAUGAACAAUCUCUUCAACUGCAUGGGAGGCUCAAUUAUGAACACUGGGCAGUUUUGCAAAGCUACAAUAAACCAUAGCAACCCAGCAACUGUCUCCUUCAAGUUAUAAUGUAACCAAACCCUGAUUAGUUAACUUUGGUUACUGCAGCAGUACAAACCUGCCCACUUGACUGCUCAAUCACCUGAGGGAAAAUAGUAAAAUUGAAAAAAUUAAGCCUGAACUUGUACGUCUGUGUUUGGCUCCACCCCCUGCAGGCUCAGGCCUUGUCAUUUUAAGUUCACAGAAGCCCAAACAGCCCAAUAAAUAGAGACUGUCUAUGGCAUCUUACAACAGCUCCUCUGGCGUUAGGCAGAAUCCACAGCUUGCAAGUCUAGGCCUCACUUCCUGCUACAAUGUCAGAGAGACCCAAUACAUAUUGUGUGUCUGCUGGGCCACUGUACAACUCCAUGGGGGUGAUGUAUCAACAUUCGAGUUUUUCUCCUAGGCAAAGUAAAGCCAUAUUUUCAAA